GUUGGGGGAAGGAGGAGGGGCGAGGUGACGCAGGCGUAAUAAUAGAGAAGGUGCCAGAAAGAUACAAAACAAGUGUCUGCGGCCGUCGCCCAGGAGUCAUCGGACGCCGGAGUCCGGCCGGGGUUCCGAGCUUGUUCCCGCCCCUCCCCUCCCCCGAGUAUGGCGCUGCCCGGGUCGACCCUGGCCCCGAGCUGGGAGGAGGAUGAGUGCCUGGACUACUACGGGAUGCUGUCGCUGCACCGCAUGUUCGAGGUGGUGGGCGGGCAGCUGACCGAGUGCGAGCUGGAGUUGCUGGCUUUCCUGCUGGAUGAGGCCCCCGGCGCCGCCGGCGGCCUGGCUCGUGCCCGCAGCGGCCUGGAGCUGCUCCUGGAGCUGGAGCGCCGCGGCCAGUGCGACGAGAGCAACCUGCGGCUGCUGCGGCAACUGCUGCGCGUGCUGGCCCGCCACGACCUGCUGCCUCAUCUUGCUCGUAAGCGGCGCCGGCCAGUGUCUCCAGAACGCUACAGCUCCAGCCCCUCCAGCCCUUCUUCAAAGAUGACAGAGGGCAGCUGCCGCCGCCGCCGCCACCAGUCAAGCAGUUCUUCCAGUUCUCAGCAGGGUCAGUGGGAGACAGGCUCCCCCCCAACCAAGCGGCAGCGCCGGAGUCGGGGUCGGCCCAGUGGAGGCGCCAGGCGGCGGCGGAGGGGGGGGCCAGUUGCCCCCCAGCAGCCACAGGAGCCGGCCAGGCCUGCUUCAGAAGGCAAAGUGACUUGCGACAUCCGGCUCCGGGUUCGGGCAGAAUACUGCGAGCACGGGCCGGCCUUGGAGCAGGGUGUGGCGUCCCGGCGGCCCCAGGCACUGGCGCGACAGCUGGACGUGUUCGGGCAGGCCACGGCGGUGCUGCGCUCGCGGGACCUGGGCUCCGUGGUGUGCGACAUCAAGUUCUCGGAGCUCUCCUACCUGGACGCCUUCUGGGGUGACUACCUGAGUGGCGCCCUGCUGCAGGCCCUGCGGGGUGUGUUCCUGACUGAGGCCCUGCGCGAGGCUGUGGGCCGGGAGGCCGUCCGCCUGCUGGUCAGCGUGGACGAGGCCGACUAUGAGGCGGGGCGGCGGCGCCUGCUGCUGAUGGAGGAGGAGGGGGGGCGGCGCCCCUCCGAGGCCUCCUGAUCCCGAUCGGGCACCCAGGCUGCCACCUCUCUCCCGGAGGACUGUCUCCACCCCUAGAGGACUGUCACUCCAGCUGCCUGGAGGACUGCAACAAGACAGCCAGGCCCCUGCAGCCCCCCUGGCAGGAUGUGGGCGCUGAGGUCUAAACCACUUCCAGCUGCAUUUCCUUCCCACCCUCAGGGCCCCACCCGGAGGUGUGUCGUGUCUUCCCUCGGCCUCAGGAGGCCAUGGGCGGAGGCAUAGUCACACGCUCACCAGAGGCUCCUGCUGGGCCGUGUUCCCCCUUGGGCUGUCUGCACACAUAUACCAUCUCCCCUGGGCGCCUGCCCCAGCCUGCUCCACGCCCUUCCUUGGCCUCAGGGCCUCUCUCAGGAUCUCUGAUUUUACAGCCCCAGUGCCAGUGGCCACUGGAGCUGGGAUGCACAUGGGGCCUGUUCACCUUGCCCACACAUCUUUAUAGCCAGCCAGGACCAGAAAACUGCCUUCUCAGCAGGGGAGGGCAAGGGCUUGGGGGCUGAUGGGAACGGCCCUUACAAAUGGCACCAAUAAAACUCCCCUGGAAGGGGCACAGGUGGGCACCAA